AUGGGGAGGAAGCCGCCGCAAUCUUCCGACAUUGAGGCGGCCCGCUACCCCCCGCCGCCACCACCUUCUUUCCACCCGCCAACGCCCAGUCAGUGGACCCCAUGGCUCGUGCCACUCUUUUUUUUGGCGAAUGUUGCAAUGUUCGUAUAUAGCAUGUAUCUCAAUGAUUGCCCUUCGUACUUGAAUAAAGAUGUUUGUCUUUUCUCCGAAUAUCUGGGCAGGUUCUCUUUCCAACCCUUCAGGGAAAACCCUCUCCUUGGACCUGCUACCCGCACGCUGCGGAAAUUAGGAGCUCUUGAAAAGAACCUAGUGGUGAAUGACAAUGAAGCGUGGCGUUUCUUUUCCUGCAUGUUUCUUCACGCUGGAGUUGUACAUCUACUUGCCAAUAUGUUUAGUCUUCUAUUUGUAGGAGUUCGGCUCGAGAAGGAAUUCGGAUUUUUGAGAAUUGGAUUAUUAUAUAUCCUUUCUGGUUUCGGUGGAAGUUUGUUAUCUAUUUUGGAUUUGAAAGAAUCCGCAACAGUAAAUACCAUCUCUGUUGGCGCAUCCGGUGCACUUUUUGGACUUCUGGGUGCCAUGCUUUCUGAACUUCUAACAAACUGGACAAUCUAUGCAAACAAGGUAACUCUUCAGUGUGCAGCUCUUAUAAGUCUAUUGGUCAUUAUUGGCCUAAAUUUGGCCGUUGGAUUUCUACCCCAUGUGGACAAUUCAGCUCAUAUAGGAGGAUUCAUUGCAGGAUUUUUCCUAGGUUUUGUUCUUUUAAUGCGCCCUCAAUAUGGAUAUGUAAACCGCAAAUAUAUACCUCCAGGAUAUGAUGUUAAACGUAAAUCCAAGUACAAAUGCUAUCAAUAUUUCUUCCUAGUCAUAUCAGUGAUCAUCUUACUUACAGGAUAUGCAUCUGGCCUAGCUAAGCUGUAUGUAGGAAAGUCACAACAGAAAUUUUCCUUCCCAGAGAGUUAUCCAAGAUGAAUGGUUCUGAUUC